GCUUUUGGAGCCUGUCCUGGAGCUCACUUGGUAGACCAGGCUGGCCUCGAACUCACCGAGAUCCGCCUGUCUCUGCCUCCCUAGUGCCGAGAUUAAAGGUGUGCCAUGCAUCACUGCCUCCUGGCUCUUUGUUUUGUUUUUUCGAGGCAGGGUUUCUCUUUGUAUCUAUAGCUGUCCUGGCACUCGCUGUGUAGACCAGGCUGACCCCCAUCACAUGCCAGGGUUAUGUGGUGCUGGACUACCAAUUUAGGAUUUAGUACUCCUAGGCAUACACUAUACGACUGACAUCCCCUCCCCUCCACUGUGUUUUUGGAAACAGAAACACUGUUUUUAGUCAGUCUGUCCUUGAACUCAAGAUCCUGGGAUUACAAGUCUGUACCUCCAGUUCAAUUUGACAUUUUCACCAGAAACAAGCAUCUCUGAAUUUUUCCCUUGCCUUGCAGUUGGCGCGGUUUCUUAAAGUUUAUUGACUGAAGGCGGUCCCACAGCAUUACCUUGUUCAGACAUUUCUGAAGUACAUGGACUAGCUGCCCCUUCGGGAAAAAGUUGUUUCGGGCACUUGCAUUGAUGUAUGUGUGUGUUCUAAAUUUAAGGUCUGCCGAAAAAUAAGAUUUUGAAAAGGAGUGUUAGGCUGCUCAGUUCAAGGCUGCAGAAGAGUGUGGUGGGAGCUCUGGUUCCUCCAGAACCUUCAGUGCAAUUGGGAGGAAUGUGUGUGGCAUGCUAGGCAUCUGGGUCUUCUGUGUCCACCCACAGAGAGCACGUGACCCUCACUAAGCAGAUGACCAGGAAGUGGAGGUAGCUGUGUGAUACAAUCUCCUUUCUACUAGCCUCGGGAUGCAGGGAGUGACCUGCCUGACCUCUCCUUGGAAGCUUCCUUCAUUGUGGGGGUAGGGAAGUGUCAUUUUCCAAGCCUGGAUCCAUCCACCCACCUGGCUUUCCAGAUAGCUUUCUUACAGAGGAGAUUUGGGUUCCUCAAUUGCUGCUGAUCCAAGACCUAAGUCUGGAGCUGGGAUUGUGUUCCUCAAAAGCACUUCCUAGAGGUCAUCUAGUGACCCUGCCCCCUGCUCUGCCUGGGUGGGAGGUACAAACUCAGUUUCAAGCCUGGUUCUGCCUCUCAUUCACUGUGGGAUGCUGAGCCUCAGGAUUCUGUGGUGGUAGAUUUGGGACUAAAGUUACCCCAGGCUGAGGCCGAGCUGGUAUGUAGAGCAACCAGGAACUCCUGUGGCCUUGCAAGUGGGAGACUGACUGAGUUCCUCCUGGGCUGGCCUAGCCUCUGCUGUUAAUCCGCAAACAAAUGGAGAUGCAGCCUGGAGCAGAAGGACUCUGGGUGUUGCAAGUGCCCUGAAGCUGAACAGCCCAUUCACUUCUUGCUAAAGCCUUCUUGGGCCCUUCAGUUUCUCCUUCCUACAGGUGGCUCACAUGCAGCUCCUCCAUUGUCAGUUUCUGGGCUUCACAAUUAUGUGUUGAAUAUUCUGGUAUGGUUCAUAAGGUUCAGAACAUCUGGCUCACCAAGACUCUUUCCAACAGAUUCCACCAGCAGCAGGGACUUCCACUCACUGACUCUCAGCUCCAUGGUGCUCCUUGUGUGACUGGCACAUAUGGAAUAGAAGAUGAACUCAACUGAAUUCAGUGAAGAUGUAGAAGAAGUUGGGAAAAAUAACACUGUGAAGGUAGAGGGUGACGAUGCUGCGCUGGACUGCUCCCGGAACUCCAGGGCCUCCGAGAAGCACCCCUUGGACAGCGUCCUCACUGCCCUCCAGGAGUCCAGCAAGCGGAAGCAGCUGGGCAGCGACGGCCAAGCAGACUCCAUCCCCAGUGUGAAGAGGAGACGGCUGAUACCAGAGGCACUCCUGGCAGGCAUGCGCAAUCGUGAGAACAGCUCGCCCUGCCAGGGAAAUGGAGAGCCAGCAAGCAGGGGCAGGAGUGGGAGCUGUGUUUGGCCUGCGGAAGACGAGCCUUCCAGUGAGGCCACAACUCCUUCCUACAAGAGGCCUCUGUAUGGCAUCUCCCACAAGAUCACGGAGAAGAAGAACCCUCCCUCCGGAGACCUGCUCAGCCCCUAUGAGCUCUUUGAGAAGGCGAACUCCAGUACCAGCCCCUCUCCUCUGCGCCUGCUGAAUGAAUCUCAGAAACGGGAAUGUGGUGCUGGGGUGGCCACUGAUGGGGACCCCAAUAUCUACUUCCUGAUUCAAAAGAUGUUCUACAUGCUCAACACACUCACAUCUAACAUGUCCCAGCUUCACAGCAAGGUAGACCUGCUCUCCCUCGAGGUGAGCCGCAUCAAGAAGCAGGUGAGCCCUUCUGAGCUGGUGGCUAAGUUCCAGCCUCCCCCUGAAUACCAGCUCACUAGUGCUGAGCUGAAGCAGAUAGCGGAGCAGAGCCUGUCCUGUGGUGACCUAGCGUGUCGCCUGCUGGUGCAGCUCUUCCCGGAGCUCUUUGGAGAGGUGGAUUUCUCCCGCGGCUGCAGUGCCUGUGGCUUUGCCGCCAAGCGGAAGCUCGAGUCACUGCACCUCCAGCUCAUCCGCAACUACGUGGAGGUCUACUACCCCUCUGUGAAGGACACAGCUGUGUGGCAGGCUGAGUGCUUGCCACAGCUGAAUGACUUCUUCAGCCGCUUCUGGGCCCAGCGAGAAAUGGAGGACAGCCAGCCAGGCAGCCAGGUCACCAACUUCUUUGAAGCAGACCAAGUGGACGCCGGCCACUUUCUAGACAACAAGGACCAAGAAGAAGCUCUGUCUCUGGACCGCAGCAGCACCAUCGCCUCGGACCAUGUGGUGGACACACAGGACCUCACCGAGUUCCUAGAUGAAGCCUCCUCCCCAGGUGAGUUUGCCGUGUUCCUCCUGCACCGGCUCUUCCCGGAGCUGUUUGACCAUCGGAAGCUGGGUGAACAGUACAGCUGCUAUGGCGACGGUGGCAAGCAAGAGCUGGAUCCUCAGAGGCUGCAGAUCAUCCGCAACUACACGGAAAUCUACUUCCCGGACAUGCAGGAGGAGGAGGCCUGGCUGCAGCAGUGUGCCCAGCGCAUCAAUGAUGAGCUGGAGGGCCUGGGGCUGGAGGGGGGCAGCGAGGGGGAGAACCCACGGGACGACUGCUAUGACUCCUCCAGCCUGCCAGAUGACAUCUCAGUGGUCAAGGUGGAGGACAACUUCGAGGGCGAGCGGCCUGGCCGGCGCUCCAAGAAGAUCUGGCUGGUGCCCAUUGAUUUUGACAAGUUGGAGAUCCCACAGCCAGACUUCGAGAUGCCAGGCUCAGAUUGCCUACUGAGUAAGGAGCAGCUGCGUAGCAUCUAUGAGAGCAGCCUGUCCAUUGGCAACUUUGCCUCCCGCCUGCUAGUGCACCUGUUCCCGGAGCUCUUCACCCACGAGAACCUGCGCAAGCAGUACAACUGCAGCGGCUCCCUGGGCAAGAAGCAGCUGGACCCAGCCCGCAUCAGGCUGAUCCGCCACUACGUGCAGCUGCUCUACCCUCGGGCCAAGAACGACCGCGUGUGGACUCUGGAGUUUGUGGGCAAGCUGGAUGAGCGCUGUCGACGCAGGGACACGGAGCAGAGGCGCUCUUACCAGCAGCAGCGCAAGGUCCAUGUACCUGGCCCUGAGUGCCGGGACCUAGCAAGUUAUGCAAUCAACCCCGAGAGGUUCCGAGAGGAGUUUGAGGGGCCCCCGCUGCCUCCUGAAAGGAGCAGCAAAGACUUUUGCAAAAUCCCCUUGGACGAGUUGGUGGUCCCCUCGCCCGACUUUCCGGUGCCUUCUCCCUACCUGCUGUCGGACAAGGAGGUUCGUGAGAUCGUGCAGCAGAGCCUGUCGGUGGGCAACUUCGCUGCCCGACUCCUGGUCAGGCUCUUCCCUGAACUCUUCACAGCUGAGAACCUUCGACUGCAGUACAACCACUCCGGGGCUUGCAAUAAGAAGCAGCUGGACCCCACGCGCCUGAGACUCAUCCGCCAUUACGUGGAAGCUGUCUACCCGGUGGAGAAGAUGGAGGAGGUGUGGCAUUAUGAAUGUAUACCCAGCAUUGAUGAGCGGUGUCGCCGCCCCAACAGGAAAAAGUGCGACAUCCUCAAGAAAGCCAAGAAAGUGGAGAAGUGACAAGUCUGGGGCUGCCCAGGGACUUGGGUCACCACGGACUGAGCAAUGGGUGCCCUUGGGACUGAGCGUUGCUCCAGAGCUCGUGUACGACGGUAUCCACAGACAGGCACCUUAUGUCAGUGGGGAGUGGUUUCCUACAUUUGCACACACCGCCUACCCAGCCACAAGAAAGAAGCCUUGAAUUUGGUCUCUUGUAUUCAUGACUUUGUUCCGUGUUCCCUGCUGGCGCAGCUGGAGUUGGGGAGUGGCCAAGCUGUGAAAUGAGAGAAUCGAUAAGGUAGAGUCCCUUUUCAGGGCUGGGGCACCCUCCCUAACCCUCACAAUCCAAAAUACAAAUUUAGGCUAGCUGUGGUGACCCACACCUAGGCAGAGGCCAUUGUGAGUUCAAGGCCAGUCUACUAAUGAAUUCCAGACCAGCCCAGGGCUACAUAAUGAGACCCUGUCUCAAAAACACCAAAAUACAAAUUCAGCAAGCUUGUUUCUCUCCCCGUUUUACAUCCCCCCCCUUUUUUUUUGAAUUAAAAUGAAACCCUUUUAAAGAAAAUCAUGGCUCUUUGGGAGCCAUUUUACUUAGGAAAAGAAAUCUUAAAAAAAUAUUUGAGAUGAGAUACUGUACGAUUACUUAAAUUGCUGGGAUUUUUAAAGAUGAUUUUAGACUUAUGGUUUUUUUUUGUUUGUUUUUGUUUUAGAAAUGCCGUAUUCUGGCAUUAUGUGUAACUAGCUUCAGGUGGCACGGUGACUGGUUUUACUAAUCCUGUGUUUGACAUCUGGUUUCAGAGAGUCCCGAGGCCCCUCGGAUUCAGCAGAUGGGAUGGAAUAUAAGUAGUGGGUAGCCCCUUGAUCCUGUAUGUGAGUUUCCCUGCUGCUGUGGCCCCCAGAAAGGUUACCUGUGGCCCGGCCUGUCUGCCACUGCCGUGUGGUGCUCACUGUGUAGACAGAACACUGGAAGAUGAUGUGAAUGUAGAUAGACUGGAGGCAUAGUUCACGUCUUCACGUGAGCUGUGUCCUUCCACAGCCCCAUUCCCUCUCCGCACACAGGUGCUGGAUUAGAGGGACAGACACAUUGGAAGGAACACAAUGUGUUAGGGACAUUUUUGUGUGAUUUAUGGGUGGGCUUCUUUUGGGUUCACCAAGAACUGUUUACUUUCCAUGUAUUUGUACAGAGUCCCUAUCCCCAGACCUCAGUGUUAGCUCCUCCCGUGAGCAGCAUGGCCUUGGACCUCUAUGAGCCUAGGCUCUUGCAGGUGUUGGAGGGACCCAAACCAUCUUAAGUGGAGCACCCAUGCCCCUUCCCAGCCCCACUCAGACCUUUCCCCUCAAACCUUCUAGGAAGUUCUGCCGUCCUCUCCUGGCCCACCCCUAACGAGGAGGUGCACGUGUCUUCCACCCUUCUACACUGGGGCCAGAUGCCUAAGAAGGGCAGGAGACGGUGCUCCCCAAACUGAAUCCAUCUUACCAUUGACCUCGAGAAUUAAUUCAGUUGCCUGGGUAGUCAUAAGACCCUUGUGGGACAUUACAAAUGUGAUAACUUAAUGACUUACUAUUUUGCUACCUUAAUAUGCAGAAAUAUUAGGAAUAAUCUAUGAAUUUUCUCAUACAGAUAAGAACUUUAGUUCUAGUAGACAAUAUGAUAUAAUUUUGCAUGUACCCAAUGGGCAUUUAAAAAAAAACAUAAUUUUGAAUACUAUAAAGCUUCUAUUCACUGUCAUUUUCAGAUUAUUUAUGCUGUAACUGUAAACCUAAAUUAUUGUUGUUGAGAAGUGCACAGGGAGCUCAUGGCUCUCUGUCACAUGACCACACCUGCAAGCAUUUCUCCUUACUAGAACACAAACAAAUCAACCUUCUUUGUGCCCAGAAAGAAGGUAUGGGAGCAGCCAGAAGACUCCCUUUUCCCCUCACUCGGGCCUCUCUCUAAUGCCUUAGUCUCACACACACACAUGCAUGCGUGCAUGCACACACCUACCCCAAAGAUGGCUGUGGUGUUCUCUCAUGCUUCCGCUAGCUUGAGAGAAUUCCGCGGGAUUUGUUCUGGUCUUGAGGGUGUGACCGAGAGGAUUCCAAGCCAUGUGAAAGUUGUCCUGAGCUCUAGAGUGGGGUGUGGCCCUGCGACGUCAGAAGCACAAUCUGUUAGCAAGUUUUUAGAAGUCCUGUUUCCUCGCAGCAGAGAAACGGCAAGUUCUAGCAAUUCAGCGUGACUUUGUGUAACCCAGAGCGUGUUGACUCUGGGAAACUGUAUUUUGGUUUCCUUAACACUUUAACUAUGUAGGGCUUCACAACCCGUCCCCCCCCCCCCCAAAUCUCAUUGUCCCUUUCAGUGAAAAGAGGCAGACACUCUGGGAG